GCUUGUUGUGUAAAAAACAAAAAACAACAAAAUCAAAUGAACGACGUUGAGCUUAUACGAUUGAUACAAAUCUACCCGAUACUCUACGACAAGGACAGCGCACGCAGUGCAAAGAAUGCGGCCAGCAAGGACGCCGCAUGGAAGACAAUCUCAAUGAAAUUGGGUGCCAGCGAACGAGCCUGCAUCACACGCUGGAAGAGCAUACGCGAUCGGUUUGGCAAGGAAUUCCGUCGCUUCCAGGAGGAUCCCGAUAGUCCCACCUACUGGGACAUGUUCCCGCAUCUGCUCUUUCUCAAGGAUCAUUAUAAGCACGGGCUGGUCAAGCACGAGAGUUUGGAUGGCAUGAAAUUUAUGCCAAGUCGUCGAAAGCCACGUCGUUCGCGUCUCGAGGAUCGAGAUAAAAGGCCGCGGGACGAGGAAUUCGAAGAGGAGCGGGAGGACAUUGAGCUGUGUCAACAGCUAAUUCAGCUGGUCAAACAGCAUCCGGUGCUCUACGAUCGCCACGAGAUACGCAACUCCAAGAACCUAUCGGCCAAAAACGAAGCUUGGCGCGCCAUCUCUGAGAGCCUCAAUGUUUCCGAGCAAUUGAUCUACAAUCGCUGGAAGAAGUUGCGGGAUCGCUUUGCACGUGAAUAUCGCAAUCAUCAGAUUAAUCAGGCGGCGCCCAUCACCUGGAGGUAUUUCAAUGAUCUGCUCUUUCUAGGCAGGCAUUUUCGCAAGGGAAUCCCUUUGAUUAUAGCGAACAUUAAGAAACGGGGUCGUCCGCCCAAAUGUCUGGCGGCGAAUAGAUCGGAUAGCUCAACUAUGACAAGUAAUGAGCAAAUUUGGAGUGCCGAUUCACCAUUUAGCAGCGAUAACGAAGCCGAUGAGCUGGAGGAUGAAAUACAGUAUGAGUAUCAGGAUCAGGAUCAAGAUGGGGAGGAUUUCGAUGAUUAUGUACAAAUGGAGGAGGAGGAUGAGGAGGAGGAGGAGCAAUUAAUGCAACCAAUCGAACACGAACAACAAUUGGAUGUGAGCACCACAAUGGAUGAAUCCGAAUUGGAACAGACUUCAACUGCCAAUUCAUCAGCAGCAGCAGCAGCAUUAAUUGAGAAUGUUAUAGAAGAAACUGAUUCGAUUAGUGCUGAGAAAUUAAUGGAUACGGUUAUUUCCAAUAUGGAGACGGUGUUGCAACAGUCCAAGGAUUGUUUGCACGUGUUGCAGCAACCCACGCAGACUAAAAACAGUCUGCUCAACAAAGUUCAAAUGCUGCUCGAUGGUUUAAAUCCGGAGCAACGAAAACUGGCUGAACGUAAAAUUUUACAUUUUCUUUGUGAAUGUCAAAUAAAAACGCUCGAUGGCGUGGAAAUUGAAGAUGUGGCACCUUGCCACAUCUUGAACUGAGCUGCAAGACAUGUUCAAAUCAUGUGUUCCAAGUGUACUUCUCUAUUUUUAAUUAAAAAUCGUUUUAUUUGCUGAAGUUAUAAA